GCGAUGCUUGGUACAUAGUAAUUGCCUUGACAAACGUGUCGUGUUCGUCAGCUGCUGACGAAACGCGAAACGCACACACACGACACCGCAUGACUAGUACACUGGCAUUCAAGAAAUACAUAAGAACCGAAGGAGUCCGCCCCAGGUCACCGUUCGAACACCAAUGAUACCUCUGAUCCUCUACGAAAUCCCGUCCAACCUUGAAGGGAAUUAUUGGUCUCCCAAUCCCGCGAAGCCGAGGUUUGUCCUGGGCUACAAAAGUCUUCCGUUCCGGGUCGAAUGGGUGGAGUACCCAGAUAUUGCUCCGAGAAUGAAAGAAAUCGGGGCAAGACAAAACAAGCUUGUGGACAGAGACAUGUACACUCUACCUGUUCUCAGCGAUCCCAACACCGGUGCACUGGUUACUGAUUCGUUGGAGAUUGCCGAGUAUCUUGAGAAGACAUACCCGCAGAAGCCCAUCUUCCCAAACAAGAGCAGAGGUCUCAUUCGUGCCUUCGACACUGCGGUCAUCAGCCUACUGCGGCCCGGUGUUAAAUUACCUAUCGUUCGUACAAGCGAGAUCCUGGACGAGCGUAGCGCGGAAUACUACAUCACCACAAGGGAGGCAACAUUUAAAGAGAAAUUUACCGAAUUUUCUCCAGAGGGACCAAAACGCGACGAGAACUGGGCUAUUCUUGAGCGGAUGUUCAACGCUAGUCAGGAGUGGUACGACAAGGAAGUGGGAAAGUGGCUGAUGGGCGACGUCUUUUCCUACGCAGACAUUAUCAUUGCGGCUGUCCUCUUUUGGUUCAAGAGGGUUUUGCACGACGAUGAAUGGGAGAAAAUUGCGAGCUGGCACGAUGGAAGGUGGGCAAAGUUGCUUGUUGAUGUGGAGAAAGAAUGCAAUGGUGCUUAGAGAGGAUCGCGGCCCAAGCUUGCACUGGUGUAUGAUUGUACCUGAUUUCGGACGAGGUGAACGUUGACAACAAUGAAAUUCUGGUACACGACUACCAGUAUAGAUGUACGAAGGAAAGCACCAAAGGUGGACGAUGUUCUAGCGUUUUUCAUCCUGCAGAAAAGCAUCUAAUCGACUCAGGGUGCUCUGAGGGUGCGAAAACGAAAAUUAGAUAGUAAAA